UGGCUCCAUGUCCGCCGUGCGGCCAUGUCAGCCGCUCGGUCGCGCGCAGCGACUGCAGAAGCAGCACUACGCCGGAGGGGGUUGGGUCAAAGAGCGAGUGCCCAUGUGGGCAGCUUCCCCAUGUAUGUGGUGCCUUUGGGCUCGUUUUUGAGCAUGUCGUCCGCCAAAUCGCAGCGAGAAUUAAUGAAAGAAGGCAUUUUGCUGGAAUAUCAUGAAGAUCUGGGAAAUGCAGUGUUUGUCUCACACCAAUGGGCUAGUUUUGAGCAUCCUGAUCCACGCUUCCAUCAGCUUUGCGUGCUGCAACAGACGUUGACCUACCUUCUCAGGACAAACCUGUCGGUCAAGUCUAACCUUGCUACCUAUGUUGUACUCAAACAUGGUGCGAAGAUUUCCUCAGCUGAAUGGCGAGCCAAACCUUUGCUGAUUUGGUACGAUUACUUCUCGAUUCCCCAGUUGGACAACCUAAGUGCGUCAGUGUCAGUGGAUGAGAUGGGCUCGGACCUGCAAAAGGCAGUGGAGAGCAUCCCAAGCUAUGUAAAGAGAUGCAAGUUUUUUGUGAUCCUGGCGCCAGCCGUCGAGCAUGUCGACACGGGCGAGCUUUUGAGCAAACACACCUGGUCUGAGCGUGGGUGGUGCCGACUGGAGCAAGUCGCAGCGAACUUCCUGACCAAGGAUGCGAAGAUUGUCGUCAUCGAGAGUGUCCAGAAGAUACACAUUAUGACACCCUUUGAUGCAUGGAUGAGGCCAGCUGGCUUGGGGUCUUUUACUGUCGAUAAGGACCGAGACACUGUGCUGAAGGUCACCAAGGAGAUGUUGCAUACCAAGCUCUGGAGCUUUUUGGCCCAGGAAGACCUUCACAGUUACCGAAUGUUGCUGAACAUGCAGCACGUGCAUCUUCAAAAGGAAGUCUCCGGUCGCAGAGAUCCCGAGAAGACACCUGUCAGCUCCAGCCCAGCAGAUCACUUGAAUGACUUCAUGGAAGAGAAUGCCUUCAAGGGAGUGACAGAUCGGCAGUUUGGCUGGAGUCCCAUGUGCUUUGCGGCCCUCCGGGAUGAUGUCCAGGUGUUGCAGGAGUUGCUGAAACUUCGUGGAAAUGUGAAUGAUCGGGUUCGGCGCCAUGAUGCCAAAUACCACAUCGAAAAGGGUACUUCCUUGCUUCACAUCUCUGCCCAGUUUUGUUGCAACAACUCACUGAAGUUUCUCCUGGAGAUGAAGGCGAAGGUGACCUCCACAGACAGCAUUGGCACCAACCCACUACACCGAGCAGGGAUUGGAAACAAUGCCAAGGGAGUACAUCUACUUCUUGAAGGCGGUUGUGAUCCCCAUCACUUGGAGGCACUUACAGAUAAGAAUGCCUUAGCUCCAGCAAGUGGCUGGGGAAGUCUCAGUAGCAUUCGAGCGUUGCUGGAGAAUGUACCCAACUUGGACAAAAGCCAUUGUAUUCAUUUCGCCUUAUUCUGUGACCACGCUUCCCCCGAAGUACUUGGCGCCUUGAUUGAAGCUGGAGCUGACAUCAAUGAGAAAUUCAAUCCUCACUUUGCCUUCUGGGCCAGAACAAAGUUUGCCUUGUUUUUGCUGCACUUGAUGGAAUUCGGAGAUGACGUGCAGAUCUCCUGGAUCGCAUCACAGGCGAUCGGAUCAACUCCUUUGCUAUGCAGCCUAAUUACAUGUGCCUUUGAUGCCUCAGCGGUUCUCAUCGCCGCGAGUGCGGAUGUUGGCAUCCGAAAUGCCAAGGGCAAGUCUGCCAUGGAGCUGGCCAAAGAGGUCGCAGCACCACAGGCCAUCCUCGAGGGUCUUUCGGGUCGCGCCGAAGCGUGCUGCAAAUACAUCACGGAUUCGGUUGCUGACAAGCUGUGGGUCUCAUUCUAGCUCAAGAUCCGGCAGCUCCAGCAUGUGUGCUGGUUGACUGUGUGUGAAAUGAGUCUCAAUUGGGAGGCGUGCUGUGGUGUGGCUGUGAGUCAAAACAC